CCCUUUUGUAUUUUCGGUAUGUAAAAUGCUUCUCAUUGACUCAAUUUUUUUUCAUUUUUGGUGAUUUUGUUGGGAUUUGGGUAAUGCUUAAAUCAUAGCUUUAUCAAUGGCGUGUUCUUCGAUCUUCACUACUUACUGUUCAAAUAACGCUUCGAUAUAAAUUUUCAAGUUGUUGAGCUUGAGCUUCAAUAAUGGCUACUGAGAAUGGCUCAAAUGGUGAUACGAACUUACAUGAAGCCAGCACAUCAAAAAACCAAGAACAGCUUAAUGGAGAAAAUAAAGACACGGAAACCAACAAAAAGAAUGAAAAAACCAACUCUAUUCCAUUUUACAAGCUGUUUGCAUUCGCCGAUCGGACAGAUACCAUGUUAAUGAUCAUCGGCACGAUCGGCGCGAUUGGGAACGGUUUAUGUAUGCCACUUAUGACAACCAUACUUGGAGAUCUUAUUGAUGCUUUUGGACAAAACCAGAGUAACGACCGAGUAGUUCAUGUUGUCUCAAGGGUUGCUUUAAGAUUUGUCUACCUCGCUGCCGGGGCCGGAACGGCGGCUUGUCUUCAGGUGAGUUGCUGGAUGGUUACAGGUGAAAGACAAGCUGCAAGAAUAAGAGGUUUGUACUUAAAAACCAUAUUGAGACAAGAUAUAGCUUUCUUUGAUGUGGAAACAACUACGGGAGAGGUCGUUGGACGUAUGUCCGGUGACACGGUUCUCAUACAGGACGCGAUGGGCGAAAAGGUUGGGAAGUUUUUACAGUUGGUGUCUACAUUCUUAGGAGGUUUUGUUAUAGCAUUUGUUAGAGGAUGGCUCCUUGCUGUUGUCAUGAUGUCAGCUAUACCUCUACUUGUAACAGCUGGUGGAGCAAUGGCUCUUAUUAUAUCGAAGAUGGUGUCUCGAGGACAAGCAGCGUAUGCUAAAGCCGGCACCAUCGUUGAAGAGACAAUUGGUUCUAUCAGAACUGUUGCGUCAUUUACUGGUGAGCAGCAGGCUAUAAGUAAAUAUAGCAAGCUUCUUGUUACUGCGUAUAAAUCAGGUGUUCAUGAAGGGACUGCUGCUGGACUUGGUCUCGGUGUAGCUAUGAUGAUCUUAUUCUGCAGUUAUGGUAUGGCUGUAUGGUUUGGUGGGAGGUUGAUUUUGAACAAUGGAUACACCGGAGGUCAAGUCAUUAAUGUGAUUGUCGCGGUAUUGAUUGGUUCUUUGUCCCUGGGGCAAUCAUCACCAUGCAUGAGUGCAUUUGCUGCUGGUCAAGCUGCGGCGGUUAAGAUGUUCGAGACUAUCAAUAGGAAACCGGAGAUUGACCCGUACAAUAUGAGUGGGAAAGUGUUGGAGGACAUUAACGGCGAUGUAGAACUGAGGGAUGUUUAUUUCAGUUAUCCUGCUAGACCAGAAGAGCAAAUUUUCAGUGGAUUCUCUCUUUCUAUUCCAUGUGGUACAACAGUUGCUUUGGUUGGAGAAAGUGGAAGUGGGAAAUCAACUGUAAUUAGUCUUAUAGAAAGGUUUUACGAUCCACAAGCCGGUGAAGUGCUUAUCGAUGGUAUUAAUCUUAAAGAGUUUCAACUUAGAUGGAUUAGGGGAAAAAUUGGCCUUGUUAGCCAAGAACCUGUGUUGUUUACAGCAAGUAUAAAGGAUAAUAUUGCAUAUGGAAAAGAAGGUGCAACCGUAGAAGAGAUACGAGCCGCUGCUGAACUUGCAAAUGCUGCUAACUUCAUUGAUAAACUACCUCAGGGGCUAGACACCAUGGUUGGAGAGCAUGGAACUCAACUUUCUGGUGGACAAAAGCAAAGAGUAGCAAUAGCAAGAGCAAUUCUAAAGGACCCUCGGAUAUUGCUUUUAGACGAAGCAACAAGUGCAUUAGAUGCUGAAUCCGAAAGAGUGGUGCAAGAAGCAUUGGACCGCAUAAUGGGCAAUAGGACUACAGUCAUCGUUGCUCAUCGUUUGAGUACCGUGAGAAAUGCAGAUUCGAUUGCCGUAAUUCAUCGAGGAAAGAUGGUUGAAAAAGGGUCACAUUCAGAACUACUCAAGGAUCCAGAGGGAGGGUACUCACAGCUUAUUCGAUUACAAGAAGUAAAUAAAGAGUUGGAACAAGUAACGGAUGUAUCAGAAGUUAACCCGGAAUCAUUUAGACAAUCAAGCUUGAGAAGAUCAAUGAAGCGAUCAAUCAGUAGGGGAUCAUCUAUCGGAAGUAGCAGCCGCCAUUCUUUAUCUAUAGCCUUUGGUGUGCCUACUGGAAUAGAAGCCAAUGAACCUGCAGUAGUAGAAACCGAAGACUCUACUGAACAGUCAUCAAAGUAUCCAGAAGUUCCCAUCCGUCGGCUAGCUUACCUCAACAAGCCAGAGAUUCCCGUGCUCCUACUCGGAACUAUAGCUGCGACUAUCAAUGGUUGCAUACUUCCGAUUUACGGUUUACUGAUUUCCCGUGUGAUUGAAACAUUCUAUAAACCACCUCAUGAGUUAAGACAGGAUACAAGAUUCUGGGCACUGAUAUAUGUGGCCCUUGGCUCGGCAGCAUUAUUGGCAUGUCCAUCACGAACGUACUUCUUUUCGGUUGCUGGAUGUAAACUAAUCCAACGAAUCCGAUUAAUGUGUUUUUCAAAAGUGGUUCACAUGGAAGUUGGUUGGUUUGAUGAACCAGAUAAUUCAAGUGGUUCAAUUGGUGCAAGGCUCUCGGCCGAUGCAGCCACAAUACGUGCCUUGGUUGGUGAUGCACUAGCUCAAAUGGUCUCAAACCUUGCAUCAGCCGUUGCCGGUUUAGUCAUUGCUUUUGUUGCGAGUUGGCAAUUGGCAUUUAUAAUCAUAGGACUAAUCCCUUUGUUAGGGGUCAAUGGAUAUGUUCAAAUAAGAGCCAUGAAGGGAUUUAGCGCCGACGCAAAGAUGAUGUACGAGGAGGCAAGCCAAGUUGCUAGUGAUGCAGUCGGGAGUAUACGAACGGUUGCUUCAUUUUCUGCCGAGGAAAAAGUAAUGGAACUCUAUAGAAAGAAAUGUGAAGGUCCAUUGAAAGCAGGGAUAAGGCAAGGGUUGAUUAGUGGAGGCGGAUUUGGACUUUCGUUCUUCUUGCUCUUUAAUGUUUACGCCACCAGUUUCUACUCCGGAUCUCGACUCGUUGAGAGUGGCGAUGCCACAUUCUCUGAUGUUUUUCAAGUUUUCUUUGCUUUGACAAUGGCAACUGUUGGCAUUUCUCAAUCAAGCACCCUUGCUCCUGAUUCCAGCAAAGCCAGGUCAGCUGCUGCUUCCAUAUUCGCAAUUAUCGACCGUAAUUCUAAGAUAGACCCGAGUGACGAGUCCGGGACAACAUUAGAAAACGUGAAGGGUGAUAUCGAACUUUCUCAUGUCAGUUUCAAGUAUCCAUUAAGACCAGACAUUCAAAUUUUCCAAGACUUGAAUUUAUCUAUCCCUGCUGGCAAGACUGUUGCAUUGGUAGGAGAAAGUGGGAGUGGGAAAUCCACCGUGAUAUCAUUAUUACAGAGAUUUUACGAUCCCAAUUCGGGACGUAUCACUAUCGAUGGAGUCGAAAUCCAAACACUCCAAUUGAAAUGGUUGAGGCAACAAAUGGGGCUUGUUAGCCAAGAACCUAUUUUGUUUAAUGAAACAAUCCGUGCUAACAUCGCAUACGGAAAGGGAGGAAACGCAACCGAGGCUGAAAUCUUAGCUGCAUCAGAGUUAGCCAAUGCUCACAAGUUCAUAAGUUCAUUACAACAGGGUUACGAUACAUUAGUAGGCGAACGAGGUGUCCAAUUAUCAGGUGGACAAAAGCAAAGGGUAGCCAUUGCACGAGCCAUAGUUAAAAGUCCGAAGAUACUUCUCCUAGACGAAGCAACAAGCGCGUUGGAUGCCGAAUCGGAGAGGGUGGUCCAGGAUGCAUUAGAUAAAAUCAUGGUGGACCGCACGACGGUGGUAGUUGCUCAUCGGCUGUCGACUAUUAAAAAUGCAGAUAUGAUUGCAGUGGUUAAAAAUGGUGUCAUUGUAGAGAAAGGAAAACAUGAUACUUUGAUAAAUAUCAAAGAUGGUUUCUAUGCUUCUUUGGUUGCACUUCAUAUGAGUGCUUCUACUUCAUAAACUGCUGCUUAAAUUGUUUGUUUUUUAUGUAAUCAUAAAAUUAUUGUAAAGUAAUCAGCAUUUUUCUUGUUCUAAUGUAUUUUAUAGUUUUACAAUAAAUUUAUGGUUAAAAGUUGCUUGAUAAAUCCCUGUAUUAGAGGCAGGUUCCUGUAUUUGAACCCAAGAGUUAAUUUUACUUCUAGUGUUUCAAUGUGGUCCCACAA